AAGGGAAUUUUAUCAUUUAUUUAUUUAAAUUUAAUAAACAACCAUUGUGAUCAUUUACUUGAUUCACCAACAACAUCAAUCGAUUAUCAAAAUAAUAAACAUAACCUCAAACAACAUUAACACUAUUGUCAUUCAGCAAAAUAAACUCUCAAGUUUUAUUAUUUUUAUAUUGUCUAUAAGUAGUUGAUUUAAAAAAAAAUUAUGCCUACUCGUAAAUUAACAGAAGCAGUUUCACAUACAUCAGUGAUGAAAAAAGAGAGUCAAGGUUACAUUGAUAAUUUAAAAAAUAAAAAUAAAACUGAAUUACAAGAUUUAUUAGAAAGACAAAAUAAACUUUUAGCAAACACAUUUUUCAUUAAAAAAUUACCUGAUAAAGGUGAAAGAAUAAAAAAAUUCAAAGAUAAAUUGAUUGAAGAGUUGAGUGAACGUAAUGAUAUUGAUAAUGCAGCAAAUUUGUUGUCACGUCUUAAUAUUGCAAUUGAAGGAAAAGAAAAAAUGAAUGAGCUUGAAUGGACUGGAACAAUAGAUGAUAAUAAAAACAACAAUGACAUUGUCAUUGUUGAGAGUGAUGAUGAAGACAAGGAUCCAAUUAAAAUUAUUGCUGAGUCAGCUGGAGCUGGUUUUCAUGAAAAAAAAAUAAUUCAUCUUCCACCAGAAGAACGUCUCAUAACUGAUACAGAUUUAGCAGAAAUUGAAUCAUUUAAAAAUGAAAGAGAAUCAGUUAAAAAUGAAGAAGAAUCAUCUGGUCAUGUAAAACAUAUUUUAAAUAAAAUUGAAGUUGCCAAAGUUAAUUGUCAGGGUAAAAAAGAACCAUUUAAACCAUAUCAAACAACAAAAAGUAAUGUUCAUGAUCCAGAAAAAGAAAAAUUAAGAAAAAAAAAUAAACACUGGGAAAAUACUGCUGCAACACCACCAACAACUGUUCAUGGACGUGUUAAAGAAUUGAGUUUAAAUGAAUCCCUACAAUUACAAAUUCAACAGACUGAAAAACUUCACCAAGUACAGAUGAAACAUUCAAUUGAAAGAUUGAUGCAACAAGUUGGAAUGCACAAUGUUGGUCUACCACCAAUUGAGCCAGGUGAUUAUCGCUUUAAAAAAGAUGAUUCAGAUUCAUCAGAUGGAGAAUACGAAGAUGAAGAAGUUUAUGAUGAUGAAGAUAAUGAUCGAGCUGGUACCGUUUCAUUUCCAGUUGAUAGUAUUAUUGAAUAAUCAAUUGAUAUUUUAAAAAGUAAUUUAUAUCUAAUAAUUAUUUAGUUAAAAGAAAUUUAAAUCAUCAAAAAUUCUUGUAAUUAAAUCAUCAAAUCUAUAUUUAAGUAAAAAACCUCAAUAAUAAUUAUGUAUUGUAAUAAUAAAAAUAAACAAAUGCAUUAUUAAAUAAAA